AUGGCAACUGAUAAACGCCUGGACUUCAUAGAGAAGUGCUGUACUGUCUCUCUCCGUAUGAAACCUGACAAAUGGACCAAGUUUGCAACAAGCGAGGAUGUCCUUGCCAUGCUCAACGAGUUCUAUGAGAAGCCAGACCUGUUGGCACUGGUGAUCACCCUCAACCCUACUGGACAGCUAGUCCCUUGCAUUGGGUUUCCAUCAGUGCUGAAGAAUAAAGGGGUUUACUUUGUGAAGAAGAAACAUGAAAACAUAACUAAAGAUAAUUUCCAAGAUGCACUCUUAGUAGGAGAUCUCAGCCCUUCCCCUGUAGAGCAGAUGAUGGCUGUAGUGGAAGAGGUACUCUAUUCCUUGUUUAUGAAGAGUGAAAACCUAGGUGGGUGGCCUCAAGUGGUAGCUGAAGAUGUUAUAAGACAGGCUCACAGGCUAAAGAAUGAGAUGUUUGUGAUGGGAGGAAAGAUCAAAGGGAAAACACUGCUCCCUUUGCCAGAGCGCAUCGAAAUGUUAUACAGUGCAGCAGAUAUGUUUGACAGUCUUUCUGUAGCUGUGGACAGUACUUUAUUACAUUCUAUUGAAACAAUAAUCAUUGACUGGUCUCAUCAGAUCCGAGACAUCCUGAGCAAAGACUCAGCACAGCCUCUCUUAGAUGGUUUGAACCCAUUACCCAAAGUGGAGUUUGAUUUUUGGUACAGUCGGCAGGUUAACCUGCAGUGCAUAAAUGAUCAGCUGUAUGCCCCUCAAGUACAAAAGAUUGCUGAUAUUUUGGAGAGGGCAAAGAGCUGUUAUUGGCCAGCACUCAAGAAUGUUUUCAAGGAUGUAUCUGCAGGACUGAAGGAAGCCGAUGAUAUUAACUUGUACUUGCAGCCCCUAAAAGUUCUCUUAGAAGAAAUGGAACAAGUUGAAUACCCCCAGCUGCCCCCAUUCAUCAACAGUGUUAUGUACACCAUAUGCUUGAUCUGGGCCAACUCUGAAUACUACAAUACUCCAUCCCGGAUCAUUGUCAUUUUGCAGGAGAUCUGUAACCUCGUCAUUGAAAUGACACGUAACUUUCUAAGUCCUGAAGAGGUACUGAAAGGCUUACAAAGUGAGAUUGAAGAAGUACUGGGAGGGAUCAAGCUGGGAAUCUCUGUGAUAGAGAAACUCUACAAGACCUAUGACAUUUGCUGCUCAGAUAUGAUGCCCACAUUUUUUCAGGACAAGGAGCCCCAAUAUUGGGAGUUCCCUUCUACCCUUGUCUUUGCUAGAAUGAAUGCAUUUUUUCACAGACUAAAAACAGUAGAGGAACUGUAUGUUACUUCAAUUGAAUUUCUCAAACUGGAGAAAAUUGAGCUGGGUGGUGUGAGAGGCAAUAUUCUAGGAAGCCAGGUGGUUCAAAUUUAUGAAGAGGUCCUCGAAUUUAUCAAGGUGUUUGCUGAAUGUAAAUAUGAUCCUUUAGAUCCAGCAGAUGAGCAAUUUGUUGAAGAUUUUGCAGACUUCCAGAUCAAAAUUCAGGAUUUGGACAGACGGCUGGCCACCAUUUUCUAUCAAGGAUUUGUUGACUGCUCCGGCUUGGAGUCUGCUGUUAAGCAAGUACACAUGUUUGUCUCCUUGUUGGAACGACCACUGAUAAAGGCAGAUGCAGCUGCCCAUUACUCAACACUGCUGGAGAUGUUCAAUGUCGAAUUGGACAAUGCAAAGAUUUUGUAUGAUGUUCAAAUAGCCACUAAAAGCAAAGAUGGUGUGCCUCCCAUUAGCAAAAACAUGCCACCGGUUGCUGGGCAACUGAAGUGGGCUUUGGAAUUGCAGGAAAGAUUACAGAUUCCAUUUAAAGACUUGCAAGCGAUCGAUCAUCCUGUAGUGGCCAGUUCUGAAGCCAAGUUAAUAUAUGCCAAAUAUGAGGAGAUGAUCCGUUUGCUGAAAGGUUAUCGUGAGAAAAUUUAUGAAGAAUGGAUCAGCCGGGUUGACAGGGACUGUCAGUUCAACCUAGAGCAGGCACUGAUUCAAAGAGAUCCACAAACGAAAUACAUAAGCGUAAAUUUCAACAAAGAGCUUGUUGCUGUUCUCCGUGAAGUCAAAUACCUGAACUUCCAGCAACAGAAAGAAAUUCCAGAAAGCGCUGGAGGUCUCUUUUCUCAGAAUGAAACUUUCCGGAGAUUUGUGGACAACUUAGAUCUCAUUGUUGGGUGGUACAAUAAGAUUAAGCGAACAAUUUUGAAUGUAGAACUUCCACUGAUCAAAGAUGAGCUAGAAGAAAUUGAUAUUGGACUGCAAAAAGCAGAGACGAACCUGUUCUGGAGUACUGAAGGUGUUAUGGAGUACAUUCAAGAGAUGCGAAACAUCUUAUAUGAUUUGGAGACAAGAAUUCAGAAAACAAAAUUAAAUGUGGAGAAUAUUGAGCAGCUUAUGCAGGAAUGGUCGUCCAGUCCUUUGUUUGAAAGAAAAGACAAUAAGGAUACAGCUCUCCUUGAUCUGGAUGGAAAAGCUAACACCAUAAACAAACGCUAUGCAGCAAUCAGAGACGCUGGGCAGAAGAUCCAAGCAAUGGUUGAGGAAAAUGCAGAGUUGUUCAAGGCUGACAAGACAUCAGGAAUAUGGAAGAAUUAUGUAGAAUAUAUAGAUGAAAGAAUCUUAGAUGGAUAUUUUAAGUUUAUCCGCAAAUCACUGCAGUUUCUGCUCAGCAACAUGUCCGCUGAUGUACAUAUAGCUCCUUUAUUUGAAGUUCACAUGGAGUUGUAUAAAGAUGAUUUAAGGUACCGUCCAUCUCUAGAAGUAGGAGCAGAUCAAGGGUUUUUGGAAGUGGUGGAAAACUUGAUGAAUGAUAUCUAUGAUACAGCUACACUUAUUCCACGCCUGGCAAAAGGGAAACUCAGCUACAGGACUGACCUAGAGGACAUGGGAGAGUUGCUAGAAAUGCGAGAGGAAGUGAUAACCAUUGUGGUCAAUGCCAUGAAGCAAGGUGAAGAAUAUGAAGAUUCCUUUGAGAAAUAUGCAUACCUGUGGAUGGAUGAUCCACAUGAAUUCAUGCAACGCUUCCUCACCUUUGGCCAUGCACUGACAACUGAAGAGCUGGAGUCUCAUGCAGAGGAAUACUUGCCUCAUGUUGCACCCACACUAGAUCAGUUUCAACUACAGAUUGACACUUAUGAGAAGCUCUAUGAAGAUGUGUCCAAGUUUGAAAACACCAAAGUGUUUAAUGGUUGGCUGCAAAGCGACUGUCGUCCCUUUAAGCAAGCAUUGCUGAACAUCAUCAAGCGCUGGAGCCUAAUGUUCAAGCAGCACCUCAUCAACCAUGUCACUAACAGCCUUAAGGACCUUGCCACCUUCAUGAAAGAAGUGAAUGCAGGCUUGUCUAAACCUGUGAAAGAAGGUGACUAUGAUGGGCUGGUAGACAUAAUGGGACACUUGAUGAGGGUCAAGGACAGACAAAUAGCUACUGACAAUAUGUUUGAACCUCUAAAGCAAACCAUUGAGUUGUUAAAAGUUUAUGGAGAAGAAAUGCCUGAAGAGAUCCAUAUGCAGUUGCAUGAGUUGCCAGAACAGUGGAACAAUACCAAGAAGUUAUCAUUCCAGGUGAAACAGAAUGUGGCUCCUCUACAGGCAAAUGAAGUUACAAUCAUCCGAAAGAAAUGCCAACAGUUUGAGCUUAAACAACAUGACUUCAGGGAGAAAUUCCGAGAAGAUGCCCCCUUCACGUUUGUUGAUCCAGAACCAUAUAAAUCUCUAAAUAAGCAACAAAAAAUGGUCACUGCUAUGGAAAGAGAGAUGGAAGCCUUAUCCAAAUCUGCAGGCUUGUUUGAAGUAUCUGUCCCAGAUUACAAACAGCUGAAGGCAUGCCAUAAGGAAGUGCGUUUGCUCAAGGAGCUCUGGGAUAUGACUGUUUUGGUUAAUGAAAGCAUUAAUGAUUGGAAGACCACCAAGUGGAAAGAGAUUAAUGUUGAACAGAUGGAUCUUGAUUGCAAAAAGUUUGCUAAGGAUGUGAGAGGCUUGGACAAGGAAAUGAGACCAUGGGAUGCUUUUGUGGGACUUGAUAACACAGUUAAAAAUAUGAUCACGUCCCUCCGAGCUGUAAGUGAACUCCAAAAUCCAGCUAUUCGAGACAGACAUUGGAAAGAACUCAUGCAAGCCACCCAGGUAAACUUCACAAUGUCUGAUGAAACAACAUUAGCAGACCUACUUCAGCUAAAUCUUCAUAAAUUUGAAGAUGAGGUUCGCAGUAUUGUAGACAAGGCUGUAAAAGAGUCAGGAAUGGAGAAGGUGUUGAAAGCUCUUGAUAGUACCUGGUCAACUAUGCAAUUUGAACAUGAGCCCCACCAUAGAACUGGAACCAUGUUACUCAAGUCUGAUGAAGUACUGGUAGAAACCUUGGAAGAAAAUCAAGUGCAGCUUCAGACUCUGAUGACUUCUAAAUAUUUAGCACACUUCCUUCAGGAAGUCACUAGUUGGCAGCAAAAAUUAUCUACUGCUGACUCUGUGAUAAGCAUCUGGUUUGAAGUUCAGAGAACCUGGAGCCACUUGGAAAGUAUUUUCAUUGGCUCAGAAGACAUUCGGAAUCAGCUUCCUGAGGACUCUAAGCGCUUUGAUUCUAUUGACAAGGAUUUUAAGGAAUUAAUGGCUGAUGCAGUAAAAACUCCUAAUGUGGUUGAAGCAACAAAUAAACCAGGUCUCUAUGACAAGCUAGAAGCCUUGCAGAAAAGCUUAGCAAUUUGUGAAAAGGCUUUGGCUGAAUACCUGGAAACAAAGAGGCUGGCUUUCCCAAGAUUUUACUUUGUAUCCUCUGCUGAUCUUCUGGAUAUUUUGUCCAAUGGCAAUGACCCUGUUGAGGUGUCUCGUCAUUUGUCCAAGCUAUUCGAUAGUAUGGCCAAACUGAAAUUCAAAUUAGAUGCAAAUGAGACGCCUCUGAAGAUUGGUUUGGGAAUGUACAGCAAAGAAGAUGAGUAUGUUGAUUUUGACAAGGAAUGUGACUGUUCUGGACAGGUGGAAGUUUGGUUAAACCGCGUGCUAGAGAGAAUGCAAAGCACCUUACGCAAAGAAAUUUCAGAUGCUGUUGUGACUUAUGAGGAAAAACCAAGAGAGCAGUGGCUCUUUGAUUACCCAGCACAGAUUGCUUUAACAUGUACUCAAAUCUGGUGGACAACCGAGGUUGGCAUUGCCUUUUCAAGACUGGAGGAAGGUUAUGAAAAUGCAAUUAAGGAUUACAAUAAAAAGCAGAUUAACCAGUUAAAUACAUUGAUCACACUCCUCAUUGGGAACUUAACCCCAGGAGACCGAAUGAAGAUCAUGACAAUCUGUACCAUUGACGUCCAUGCUAGAGAUGUCAUUGCCAAAAUGAUUACAGCAAAGGUGGAAAGCUCCCAGGCCUUUACAUGGCAGUCCCAACUUAGACAUCGCUGGGAUGAUGAAAAGGGGCACUGUUACGCCAACAUUUGUGAUGCUCAGCUCCAGUAUUCCUACGAGUAUCUUGGCAACACUCCACGGCUAGUGAUCACACCACUCACCGACAGAUGCUAUAUCACUCUGACACAGUCCCUCCACUUGAUCAUGGGAGGAGCCCCCGCAGGCCCUGCUGGCACAGGAAAGACUGAGACCACCAAGGACCUGGGCAGGGCAGUUGGGAUCAUGGUGUAUGUUUUCAAUUGCUCGGAGCAAAUGGACUACAAGUCCUGUGGAAAUAUCUACAAAGGAUUGUCUCAGACAGGUGCAUGGGGAUGUUUUGAUGAAUUCAAUCGGAUUUCAGUGGAAGUCUUGUCAGUAAUUGCUGUACAGGUUAAAUGUGUUCAAGAUGCAAUUCGAGCCAAAAAGAAGACAUUCAACUUUCUUGGGGAGAUGAUCUCUCUCAUACCAACUGUCGGGAUGUUUAUUACUAUGAAUCCUGGAUAUGCAGGUCGUACUGAGCUGCCUGAAAAUCUUAAAGCGUUGUUCAGGCCUUGUGCAAUGGUAGUUCCUGAUUUUGAACUUAUCUGUGAAAUCAUGCUUGUGGCUGAAGGUUUCAUUGAUGCCAGGCUUCUAGCGAGGAAGUUUAUUACUCUCUAUACACUGUGUAAAGAGCUGCUUUCAAAACAGGAUCAUUAUGACUGGGGGUUGAGAGCUAUCAAGUCUGUGCUGGUGGUGGCUGGCUCACUGAAGAGAGGAGACCCAGGCCGAGCUGAAGACCAGGUCCUCAUGAGAGCUUUACGAGACUUCAACAUUCCCAAGAUUGUGACAGAUGAUUUACCUGUGUUUAUGGGACUCAUUGGAGACCUUUUCCCAGCACUAGAUGUGCCUAGGAAGCGUGACCUAAACUUUGAAAAGAUUAUCAAGCAGUCCAUUGUUGAGCUCAAGCUACAGCCUGAGGAGAGCUUUGUUCUGAAGGUGGUACAGCUUGAGGAGCUACUCCAAGUCCGACACUCAGUAUUUGUGAUUGGAAAUGCAGGCAGUGGCAAAUCCCAGGUGCUGAAAUCCCUAAAUAAAACAUACCAACUUAUGAAAAGAAAGCCUGUAGCUAUUGACCUUGAUCCAAAAGCUGUAACCUGCGAUGAGCUCUUUGGCAUCAUUAACCCAGCUACCAGAGAAUGGAAAGAUGGUUUGUUUUCAACAAUCAUGCGUGAUCUGGCUAAUAUAACUCAUCGUGGACCCAAAUGGAUUGUUCUGGAUGGAGAUAUAGACCCAAUGUGGAUUGAGUCUUUAAAUACUGUGAUGGAUGACAACAAGGUCCUCACCUUAGCGAGCAAUGAGCGAAUCCCAUUAAAUCCCACCAUGAGGCUGGUGUUUGAGAUCAGUCACCUAAGAACAGCAACACCAGCAACCGUGUCCAGAGCAGGAAUCCUGUACAUUAACCCUGCUGACCUUGGUUGGAAUCCAGUAGUAAACAGCUGGAUUGAACGUCGUGAAGUGCAAUCGGAAAAAGCCAACUUGAUGAUCCUGUUUGACAAAUACUUGCCAACAUGUUUGGACAAGCUGAAGUUUGGGUUCAAAAAGAUAACCCCUGUUCCUGAAGUUACUGUAGUGCAAACAAUUUUGUACCUAUUGGAGUGCCUCCUGACCCCAACCAAUACACCACCGGAUUCUUCCAAAGAGCUGUAUGAGCUCUAUUUUGUGUUUGCUUGCUUUUGGGCAUUUGGAGGAGCAAUGUUUCAAGACCAGCUUGUAGAUUACCGUGUGGAGUUCAGUAAGUGGUGGGUGAAUGAAUUUAAAACCAUCAAGUUUCCUUCUCAGGGAACUAUUUUUGACUAUUACAUUGACCCAGAGACCAAGAAAUUCAUGCCUUGGACAGAUAAAGUGCCACCAUUUGAGCUGGACCCAGAUGUCCCAUUGCAGGCCUCAAUGGUCCACACCACAGAAACAAUCCGGAUUCGCUAUUUUAUGGAUCUUCUAAUGGCCAAGAAAUGGCCUGUGAUGCUAGUUGGUAAUGCUGGUACUGGGAAAUCUGUGCUGAUGGUGGAUAAGCUGGAUACUCUAAAUAUGGAUGAUUACAUAGUGCAGUCUGUCCCCUUUAACUUCUACACAACAUCAGCAAUGCUUCAGGCUAUUCUUGAGAAGCCCCUGGAGAAGAAAUCAGGACGGAACUUUGGUCCCCCAGGCACUAAGAAGCUCAUUUACUUCAUAGAUGACAUGAACAUGCCAGAAGUAGACAAAUAUGGCACUGUGGCUCCUCAUACAUUGAUCCGGCAGCACAUGGAUCAUGGACACUGGUAUGACAGAACCAAGCUAACAUUAAAGGAUAUUCACAACUGCCAGUAUGUUGCCUGUAUGAACCCAACGGCUGGGUCUUUCACCAUUGACUCCAGACUCCAGCGACACUUUUGUGUCUUUGCUGUGAGUUUCCCAGGACAAGAAGCCCUUACAGCCAUCUACAGCACCAUCCUAGCUCAGCACUUGGCCCUCCGGAAUGUCCCAAUGGUGAUCCAGAAGAUGCAUUCUCAGCUUGUUUCAGCAGCUCUGGCCUUGCAUCAGAAAAUCACAUAUACCUUUCUUCCUACGGCCAUAAAGUUUCACUAUGUUUUCAACCUCCGGGACCUCUCUAACAUCUUCCAGGGACUGCUGUUCUCUACACAUGAGUGCCUCAGAGUGCCUGUAGACCUGGUCCGGCUAUGGCUGCACGAAGCUGAGAGAGUUUAUUGUGACAAACUUGUGGAAGAAAAAGAUCAAGAGAGCUUUGGCCGGGUCAUGAUGGCUACUUGCAAGAAAUUCUUUGAGGAUCUAGGUGACAAUGUGGUCUUUGCCAAGCCGAAUAUUUACUGCCACUUUGCUCAGGGCAUUGGGGAACCAAAGUAUUUACCUGUUGCCAACUGGCAAAUUCUGAAUAAGCUGCUUAAGGAAGCCCUGGACAGCUACAACGAGGUCAAUGCAGUAAUGAAUUUGGUGCUUUUUGAGGAUGCUGUAUCUCAUGUCUGCAGAAUCAAUCGCAUCUUAGAGUCUCCUAGAGGGAAUGCCUUGUUAGUGGGGGUAGGAGGCAGUGGCAAACAGAGUCUGUCCCGGUUAGCAGCCUAUAUCAGUUCCUUGGAUGUGUUUCAGAUCACACUGAAAAAAGGCUAUGGAAUUCCAGACCUCAAGGCUGACCUGGCUUCUCAGUACAUCAAAGCAGCUGUGAAGAACACCCCCACCGUAUUUCUCAUGACUGACUCACAGGUAGCUGAAGAGCAGUUCUUGGUAUUGAUCAAUGAUCUUUUGGCAUCUGGUGAAAUCCCAGGGCUAUUUCAGGAUGAUGAAGUGGAGAACAUCAUUGGCUCCAUGAGGCCUCAGGUGAAAUCGCUUGGCAUGCAAGAUACUAGGGAAAACUGCUGGAAGUUCUUCAUUGACAAAGUCCGAAAGCAACUUAAGGUUAUCCUGUGCUUUUCUCCUGUGGGUUCUACCCUACGUGUGCGGGCAAGGAAGUUCCCUGCUGUAGUGAACUGCACAGCUAUUGACUGGUUUCAUGAAUGGCCUGAAGAUGCAUUGGUGUCUGUCAGUGCAAGAUUCUUAGAGGAGACUGACGGAAUAGAGCUUGAAGUCAAGGUCUCCAUCAGCUUAUUUAUGUCAUAUGUCCACAAAACUGUCAAUGAAAUGUCCAAGGUUUACCUUGCUACUGAGAGGCGCUACAAUUAUACCACACCAAAGACCUUCCUUGAACAGAUCAAACUCUACCAGAACUUGCUUGCUAAGAAAAGAGCAGAGCUCAUUGCCAAGAUUGAGAGGCUGGAGAAUGGUUUAAUGAAACUCCAAAGUACUGCCUCACAGGUUGAUGACCUGAAGGCCAAACUUGCUGUUCAAGAGCUGGAGCUCAAGCAUAAGAAUGAAGAUGCUGACAAACUGAUCCAGGUGGUGGGGGUUGAAACAGAAAAAGUGAGCCGGGAGAAAGCAAUUGCUGAUGAAGAGGAGCUGAAAGUGCAAGUCAUUAAUAUAAAUGUAGCAGAAAAGCAAAGGGCUUGUGAAACUGACCUGGCCAAAGCUGAGCCAGCUCUGAUUGCUGCUCAGGAAGCAUUGGACACUCUCAAUAAGAACAACCUGACCGAACUGAAGUCUUUUGGAUCUCCCCCAGAAGCUGUUGUUAAUGUGACAGCAGCUGUAAUGAUCCUUACAGCUCCAGGUGGCAAGAUACCAAAGGACAGAAGCUGGAAAGCAGCCAAAGGCAUGAUGGGCAAGGUGGACACUUUCCUGGAUUCUCUGAAAAAAUAUGACAAGGAACACAUUCCAGAGACCUGCUUGAAAGCUUUUAAACCAUUUCAACAUGAUCCCACAUUUGAUCCAGAGUUUAUACUUUCUAAAUCUACAGCAGCAGCCGGUCUGUGUUCUUGGUGCCUAAACAUAGUUCGUUUCUAUGAAGUGUACUGUGAUGUGGCACCCAAGCGGCAAGCCUUGGAAGAGGCUAAUAAUGAAUUGGCUGAGGCCCAAGCAAAACUCACAAUGAUUAAGAACAAGAUUGCAGAUCUAAAUGCCAACUUGGCCAAUCUGACAGCUGAAUUUGAAAAGGCCACAGCAGAGAAAAUCAAGUGUCAGCAAGAGGCUGAUGCAACUAAUAGAGUCAUUUCAUUGGCUAACAGGCUGGUUGGUGGAUUAGCAUCCGAAAACGUGCGCUGGGCUGAGUCUGUGGAAAAUUUCCGCGAACAAGAAAAGACUCUGUGUGGGGAUGUGCUGCUGAUUACUGCAUUUGUUUCCUAUGUUGGCUACUUUACCAAGAAAUACAGGACAGAGCUACUUGACAAGUUCUGGGCUCCUUACUUACGUGAGCUAAAGGUACCAAUUCCAAUCACUCCUGGGCUGGAUCCUUUGAGUCUUCUGACAGAUGAUGCAGAUAUAGCAACAUGGAACAACCAAGGACUCCCCAGUGACCGCAUGUCAACAGAAAAUGCUACUAUACUGUGUAACACUGAACGCUGGCCGCUCAUUGUGGAUGCCCAGCUCCAAGGGAUCAAAUGGAUUAAGAACAAACAUGGAGCAGAACUGAAAGCCAUCCGGCUAGGGCAGAAAAAUUAUCUAGACAUUAUUGAACAAGCCAUUUCUGAUGGAGACACUCUGCUCAUUGAGAACAUUGGGGAGACUGUGGAGCCUGUGCUGGAUCCUUUGUUAGGUCGAAACACCAUCAAGAAGGGAAAGUACAUUAAGAUGGGAGACAAAGAAGUAGAAUACCAUCCCAAAUUCCGCCUCAUUCUGCACACCAAGUACUUCAACCCCCACUACAAACCAGAGAUGCAGGCUCAAUGCACAUUGAUCAACUUCCUAGUCACCAGGGAUGGACUGGAAGACCAGCUUUUGGCUGCUGUUGUGGCAAAGGAAAGACCUGACUUAGAGGAACUGAAGGCCACUCUUACAAAACAACAAAAUGAAUUUAAGAUCAUCCUGAAGGAGCUUGAGGAUUCCUUACUGGCCAGACUCUCUGCUGCAUCAGGGAACUUUCUGGGGGACACAGCCUUGGUAGAGAAUCUCGAGACAACCAAGCGCACAGCUAUGGAGAUAGAGGAAAAGGUGAAAGAAUCUAAGAUUACUGAAGUGCAAAUUAAUGAAGCUAGAGAGAACUACAGGCCAGCUGCAGAAAGGGCAUCCUUGUUAUAUUUCAUACUGAAUGACCUCAACAAAAUCAACCCCAUCUAUCAGUUCUCUCUAAAGGCAUUCAAUGUGGUUUUUGAGAAAGCCAUCCAACGUACUCUUCCGGCAGAUGAUGUAAAACAACGGGUGAUCAACCUGACAGACGAGAUCACAUAUUCUGUCUUUAUGUAUACAGCUCGGGGACUGUUUGAGAGAGACAAACUCAUAUUUUUAGCCCAGGUUGCUUUUCAGGUCUUGUUAGUGAAGAAAGAAAUUAAUCCAGUGGAACUGGACUUUCUCCUGCGCUUUCCUUUUAAAGCUGGAUUAGCCUCUCCAGUAGAUUUCUUAUUGAGUCAAGGAUGGGGUGGAAUUAAGGUCCUCUCUGAAAUGGAUGAAUUCAAGAACUUGGACAGUGAUAUUGAAGGUUCUGCUAAGCGGUGGAAAAAGUUCGUAGAGUCUGAGACUCCUGAGAAGGAAGUAUUCCCCAAGGAAUGGAAGAACAAGACAGCCCUGCAGAAGCUGUGUAUGAUGCGGUGCAUGAGGCCAGACCGCAUGACUUAUGCAGUCAAGAACUUUGUGGAGGAGAAGAUGGGGAGUAAAUUUGUGGAAGGACGAAGUGUUGAAUUCUCCAAGUCCUAUGACGAAAGCAGUCAAUCUACACCAAUAUUCUUUAUCCUCUCUCCAGGAGUCGAUCCACUAAAGGAUGUUGAAGCACUAGGUCAAAAGCUGGGCUUCACCAUAGACAACGGGAAAAUCCACAAUGUGUCCCUAGGACAAGGACAAGAGGUUGUGGCAGAAAAUGCUCUAGAUGUGGCUGCAGUAGAAGGGCAUUGGGUCAUUCUUCAGAACAUACAUCUGGUAGCCAAGUGGCUGAACACACUGGAUAAGAAAGUUGAACGCUACAGCACUGGCAGCCACGGCGAUUACCGAGUAUUCAUGAGCGCCGAGCCUGCUCCCAGCCCAGAGGCUCAUAUUAUCCCUCAGGGACUCCUGGAAAAUGCCAUUAAAAUCACCAAUGAGCCUCCAACAGGCAUGUAUGCUAAUUUACACAAAGCCCUGGAUCUCUUUACACAGGAUACGCUGGAAAUGUGCACCAAAGAAAUUGAAUUCAAGUGCAUUCUCUUUGCCCUCUGCUACUUUCAUGCAGUGGUGGCAGAACGGCGAAAAUUUGGAGCUCAAGGAUGGAACAGGUCUUACCCCUUUAACAAUGGAGAUCUCACCAUUUCUGUGAAUGUACUGUAUAAUUACCUGGAAGCCAAUGUGAGGGUUCCCUGGGAUGACUUGCGAUAUCUUUUUGGUGAGAUCAUGUACGGGGGGCAUAUCACUGAUGACUGGGAUCGCAGACUAUGCAGGACCUACCUGGUUGAAUACAUCCGUAUGGAAAUGUUAGAGGGAGAAAUGCUCCUGGCACCAGGAUUCCUCAUACCACCCAACUCUGACUACAAGGGAUAUCAUGAAUAUAUUGAUGAGAAUCUUCCACCAGAGAGUCCUUACCUGUAUGGGCUUCACCCUAAUGCCGAAAUCGGCUUCCUCACAGUCACCUCAGAGAAACUUUUCCGCACCGUGUUGGAAAUGCAACCUAAAGAGUCAGAUGCUGGAGGAGGGACUGGUGUGUCCAGAGAGGAAAAGGUAAAAUCUGUGCUAGAUGAAAUAAUGGAUCGGCUUCCAGAACCAUUCAAUAUGGUGGAAAUCAUGGCAAAGGCACAAGAGAAGACCCCAUAUGUGGUGGUUGCCUUCCAGGAAUGUGAACGCAUGAACAUCCUUACUAGUGAAAUUAGACGUUCUCUGAAGGAAUUAAACUUGGGGUUGAAGGGAGAGCUGACAAUCACGACAGACAUGGAAGAACUGUCAAAUGCCCUGUAUUAUGAUAACGUGCCUGACUCCUGGACAAACCGUGCCUAUCCAUCUUUGCUUGGCUUAGCAGCGUGGUAUGCGGAUCUACUGCUUCGAAUCAGGGAGCUGGAAGCCUGGACAACAGAUUUUGCCCUACCUACAACAGUGUGGCUAGCGGGUUUCUUUAAUCCGCAGUCUUUCCUUACAGCCAUUAUGCAGUCCAUGGCUAGGAAAAAUGAGUGGCCUCUUGACAGAAUGUGCCUUUCAGUGGAAGUUACCAAAAAGAAUCGAGAGGAUAUGACAGCUCCACCUCGAGAGGGCUCCUAUGUGCAUGGGCUCUUUAUGGAAGGUGCUCGCUGGGAUGUUCAGACUGGUGUUAUCAGCGAUGCACGGCUGAAAGAGCUGACACCUCCGACGCCCGUCAUCUUCAUCAAAGCCAUCCCUGUGGACCGCAUGGAUACCAAGAACAUGUACGAAUGUCCUGUGUACAAGACACGCAUGCGAGGCCCCACCUAUGUCUGGACCUUCAACCUGAAGACAAAAGAGAAGCCAGCUAAGUGGAUUCUUGCUGGGGUUGCUUUGCUGUUACAAGUUUAA